AUGGCCCGGCUCCUUGUCACCUACUGCCUGGUGACCCUGCUCCUCAGCGCUUGGACCGACGUCGCCUUCUCCAAGAAGGGCAAAGGCAAACCCAGCGGAGGCGGCUGGGGCACGGGAAGCCAUCGCCAGCCCAGCUACCCCCGCCAGCCCAGCUACCCCCCAAAUCCCGGCUAUCCCCAUAAUCCAGGGUACCCCCACAACCCCGGCUACCCUCACAACCCGGGGUACCCCCACAACCCAGGGUACCCCCACAACCCAGGGUGGGGCCAGGGUUACAACCCAUCCAGCGGAGGAAGCUACCACAACCAAAAGCCGUGGAAACCCCCCAAAUCCAAGACCAACUUGAAGCACGUGGCUGGGGCGGCGGCGGCAGGCGCCGUGGUGGGAGGUUUAGGGGGCUACGCCAUGGGGCGCGCCAUGUCGGGGUUGCACUAUCGCUUCGACAGCCCCGACGAGUACCGAUGGUGGAACGAAAAUUCGGCGCGUUACCCCAACCACGUUUACUACCGGGAUUACAGCAGCCCCGUCUCGCAGGACGUCUUCGUCGCCGACUGCUUUAACAUCACGGUGACCGAAUACAACAUCGGACCCGCCGCCAAGAAGAACGCCUCGGAGGCUGGUCCGGCGGGGAACCAAACGGAGACGGAGAUGGAGACCAAGGUGGUGACGAAGGUGAUCCGGGAGAUGUGCAUCCAGCAGUACCGCGAGUACCGCCUGGCCUCCGGCAUCCGGCUGCAUCUCGCCGACGCCUCCCUCGCCGCCCUCCUCCUCCUCGUCCUCUUUGCCAUGCACUGA